AUGACCCGCAAAAUCCCCUCCCCGCAGGUCGCUUCGCCUGUCGCCCCGAAAGAGGAAGGAGGCCAAGCGCUCCCAGCUGGUGCCGGGCCGUACGCAAUCAGAAAGCGCUACUCCGACAAAAUGGCUCAUGAGCGGACGCCGCUGAUCACCAACGUGUACGUUGGUGCGCCGCGCCCUCGUUACCAGAACAAUGUGGUCCGGAGAUUUUGCACGAUUGCGCUCUCAUCUAUGCUCAUCUUCUGGUCCAUAUUCUUCGUAGUUGCGCUCUUCGUCGACGACCCGCCUCGUCACCAUCAUCACCACCACCAUGGCUGGUCCUUAUCCAGCAGCUUGAACCGUGCGCCGAUUACACACGAGGAGGUUCAGAAGAUCCUGUUUGAGGUGCCUUCAUCUGAGAAGGCCGAGGAGUGGAGCAGGUACUACACUGCCGGCCCUCAUCUGGCAGGCCAAAACUACUCACAGGCUCUGUGGACCAAGGAGAAGUGGGAAUCGUGGGGCGUUCAGUCUGAGAUCGUCUCCUACGAUGUCUACCUCAACUACCCCGUCGACCACAGCCUCUCAUUGCUGUCCAAGUCCAAGGAUGAGGAAGCAUCUGACUGGAAGGUCGAGUUCAAGGCCGCCCUCGAGGAGGACGUUCUCGAAGAAGACCCCUCCUCCGGCCUGCCCAACCGUGUGCCCACCUUCCACGGCUAUUCCGCGUCGGGCAACGUGACCGGCUCCUUCGUCUUCGUCAACUACGGCACGUACCAGGACUACGAGGACCUCGUCAAGGCCAACGUCAGCCUCGAGGGCAAGAUCGCCAUCGCAAAGUAUGGCGGCAUCUUCCGCGGCCUUAAGGUCAAGCGUGCGCAGGAGCUCGGCAUGAUCGGUGCCCUGCUGUACAGCGAUCCCGGUGACGACGGCAAGGUUACCGAGGAGAACGGCUACGAGGCCUACCCCAACGGCCCCGCUCGCCACCCGAGCGCCGUCCAGCGCGGAAGCGCCCAGUUCCUGAGCGUGCGGCCCGGCGACCCCUCGACUCCCGGCUACCCCUCCAAGCCCGGCGCCCCCCGUGCCCCUGUCGACGACGCCACUCCUUCCAUCCCGUCCAUCCCCAUCUCCUACGCCGAUGCCAUCCCCAUCCUGAAGGCCUUGAACGGCCACGGCCCAUCCAUCAAGGACUUCAACAAGUACUGGAACCGCAACCUCGGACUCUCUUACAAGGGCGUCGACUACAACAUCGGCCCCAGCCCCGACAACGUCGUCCUCAACCUCUACAACGAGCAAAACUACACCACGACCCCGCUCUGGAACGUCAUCGGCAUCGUCAACGGCACCAUCCCCAACGAGGUCGUCGUCGUCGGCAACCACCGCGACGCCUGGAUCGCCGGCGGCGCCGGCGACCCCAACAGCGGCUCCUCCGUCCUGAACGAGGUCAUCCGCGGCGUCGGCGUCGCCGUCGCCUCCGGCUGGAAGCCCACCCGCACCAUCGUCUUCGCCUCCUGGGACGGCGAGGAGUACUCCCUCAUCGGCAGCACCGAGUGGGUCGAGGAGUACCUCCCCUGGCUCUCCCAGGCCACCGUCGCCUACGUCAACGUCGACGUCGGCGUCCGGGGCCCCCACUUCAGCUCCUCCGCCGCGCCCCUCCUCCACCGCGUCCUCCGCGACGUCACCCACCUCGUCCCCUCCCCCAACCAGACCGUCCCCGGCCAGACCGUCGGCGACGUCUGGAACGGCCGCAUCAGUACCAUGGGUUCCGGCUCCGACUUCACCGCCUUCCAGGACUACGCCGGCAUCCCCUCCAUCGACAUGGGCUUCGGCGGCGAGAACGACGAGGCCGUCUACCAGUACCACUCCAACUACGACUCCUUCCACUGGAUGGAGACCUUCGGCGACCCCGGCUUCGUCUACCACCGCACCAUGGCCCAGAUCCUCGGCCUCGUCGUCGCCGAGCUCUCCAACGUCCCCGUCAUCCGCUUCAACGCCACCGACUACGCCGACGCCCUCGACGCCUACGUCGACCAGGUCGAGGCCAAGCUCGCCGCCGCCGCGGAACCCGCCUCCGACGAGGAGCUCUUCAGGCUGCGCGCCAGCGUCGCCGUCCCCGACGCCGAGGCCACGGGCUCGCCCUCGCAGUUCCGCGCCUCCCUGCAGGUCCUGCGCACCUCCAUCGCCGCCCUCCGCGAGAAGUCCGUCGAGCUCGACGCCACCGCCGGCUGGGUCGACUACGAGCUCAAGUCCGACAUCCCCUGGUGGAACAUCAUCCGCAAGGUCAAGCUCGGCCUCGCCUUCGUCCGCGUCAACAGGAGCUACAAGAACUUUGAGCGCAACUUCCUCUACCCCGGCGGCCUGGACAGCCGCAGCUGGUUCAAGCACGUCGUUUUCGCGCCCGGUCUGUGGACCGGCUAUGCUGGAGCCGUUUACCCCGGUCUCCAGGAGAGCAUCGACGCCAAGGACUAUGUCAACGCCCUCAAGUGGUCCGGCAUCGUUAACGAGUGCGUUGCCUCUGCGACCAAGAGCAUCUAA